AUGGAAUCCAAAACCCUGAUAGACAGGAGUGUACCGAUUCAAGACAACACCAAGAAAGGGUCAACAGAGUUCGAGAAGAAUCAGAAACGGUACCAAGAUCUAAUCGCCACCUUUCCGCAUGUGAAAGGCUGGUUCGUGAAUGCUCCCCUUAUCGGCUACGGUGGCCACUGGAUAAUACGGCCUCUCCUUGAAGGCUGCCUUUACGCGCAAGAAUUCUUCCAAGCGCGACCCGUUGACUUUUUAGUUUGUACCAACCCAAAGGCAGGUACCACCUGGCUCAAAGCUCUAACUUUCGCCAUCGCUAAUCGAUCUCACUUCGAGCAUUCUUCGAACCCUCUUCUAAAGCGGAACCCUCAUGAGCUUGUUCCUUAUAUUGAGAUGGAAUUCGCUUACUGCCCUCAUCUUGAUGUUCUCAAGAACAAAGGAAACACUCUGUUCUCGACUCAUAUGCCGCACGGGUUAUUACCUGAAUCGAUUUCGAAAUCGGGCUGUAAGAUGGUUUAUAUCUGGAGAGACCCAAAGGACACCUUUAUAUCCAUGUGGAGUUUCCUACAAAAAGAAAAGUCUGAAAAUGGCCCACUCAAUAGUCUUGAGGAGUGUUUUGAUAUGUUCUGUCAAGGUUUUUCUUGGUACGGACCGUAUCUAGAUCAUGUCAUGUCGUACUGGAAAGCUUACCAAGAGAAUCCAAACCAGAUUUUGUUCCUCAAGUAUGAGACGAUGAGGGCUGAUCCUUUGCCUUACGUGAGAAGAUUGGCUGAGUUUAUGGGAUAUGGAUUCACAUCUGAGGAAAAGAAGAAAGGGGUUGAUGAGGAAGUGGUGAAUCUUUGUAGCUUUGAGACGUUGAAGAACCUUGAAGCAAACAAAGGGGAGAAACACAGAGAGGACGUUCCUAUUAGUGCUUAUCCGAAUAGCGCAUUUUUCAGGAAAGGAAAGGUCGGAGAUUGGCAGAACUAUCUGACUCCGGAGAUGGCAGCUCGCAUCGAUGGAUUGAUGGAAGAGAAAUUCAAAGGAACCGGUUUGCUUGAGCAUUGUAAAUGA